AUGCCGCCGAAACAACCGCGCAAGCGCAAGCCUGUCGCAUCACAAACCUCAUCCCAGCGUCGACAUCGCGCAGCUUCAGCGAUUCCCUCGACACCUAUCUCACAGCCCAUGUCCUCUUCCGUCACAAAGAAGCGCCGAGUCGAUGAUGACAAUGAGCGCAUCGCCGAAACGCCUCAAGAAAACAAGCGACGCGCCAUGGGCAGUAAAGGCCAGCAAACUCCAGAGAGAACCACUCAGCUCGCUCAAGCCACCUCUCCGAGCACACCUUUUGAAGUUUCGUCAGCCGAGAGCUCUGAUUCUGACUGCCAGAUAAAAAAGGUAUUGCCAUCACCAAAGCGCAAACUUAUCGCUGCUAGCCCAAGAGGUCGCCCAACCAAGAGGGCGAGGAUGGAGCGCUCUAUCACCCCCUCGCCAGCCGACGAGUCUGACUGCGUCAUUGAGAAAGUUCUGCCAUCGCCUAAGCGUCGCCAAGUUGAGCAGAAAAAGAGAAACAUCAAGCGACGUAAAGUCGGUGACUGCUCUGAAAGUCCUGUUUGUAUCGAGAGCGAUGUCGACAGCGAUGCUGGAGAUGUGAAUUCGCUGCCUGAGCCAACACAGACACAAACUCCGGAGGAGCUGCGAGAGCAUUCGCCCAGUAUCGUGGACGCUUUGCUUGCAUGGCUUGACGGUCCUCAGUCCGGUGGAGCGGCAUCAGAAGCGGCCCAGCCAGCUUCAACACCUGCUAUCGCAAGUACUCCGCCAAAUGCGCCAUUCUCAACAGCCCCCGAGCAUCCCAUUCAAGAGUCUCCGUCUAUGGGUACCCCAAGUGGACAAGGUCAAACUCGGGAAGCUCAAGUCGAGAGAGCUCAGGUUGAGAAAGCGCAAGUCGAGGAAGCGUCUACAAGCCCAGCAUCGGACUUGGAAAAUAUCGCUCCGUCAUCAACCUAUAAACUUCAGCCAGUCUACAGCGGUGAGAACCUUCAGGAAUCACAUACUCCUGGCACACCUACACACUUUCGCCCCCAUCAUCGAGACUCACUCGUCGGCCUAAAGAGCAUUCUCAAAAGAUCUAGCGAAAAGCCUUUGCGCGAGAUCAACCCGCAGGUUGACAUAACAUUCCCUGAUAUCUCUCCGCUCUCUAGAGGCGAGCGCGACUUAUCAUCACCGACCGAGCGAAUUCAAGACAGCAAGCACCAAGCCAAGAUCAUCCAGGAUGAAACUACAUCUACACCCCCACCACCAGUCAGUUUCCCAAGGAGAUUGACGUUGGCAGAUCUCCGAUCCAAAGAUUGGAAAUCAUCUCAGUCCAGGAACAUUUACCGACCUUUGACCCCACUCCCAAAACCUUCUCAGUGGCUUCGACAGAGAAAAGAAUUGGAACCUUUGACAUCUAUCAUCGACGAGACUGCCGCAGAGGAUGCUACAUCUGACCAGGGGACACCCUCAAAGCCACCUACCGAGCGAGUCAACCGUACUACCCAAAAGUUGAUCAAGGCAGAACCACAAAGCUCUGACGAGGAUGAUUCGGGAGAUGAACGUUCAUGUCGAGUUGAAGAGUGGUUAAAAUCAGAAAUCAUUAAACAGGAAACACCUUCGAAGCUGCCUACACAGCCAGUCAUGCGCCAGACUCAGAAGUCAGUCACGCCUGAAGAGCAGUGUGCCACUGAUGUGCGAAUCACCAAGAACAAGCGCCACAAGCUUGAGAAGCAGAUGAAACAGGGCACGGAGCGACAAUUCGCACGCUCAACACCUCUAUCCCGCAAGACUCGGAGGUCAAAGAGGGUUCAUGAGCAGAAUGAUACAGAUACAGAAGAGUCUGAAGGCGAAUGCCAGAAGAGACUCGAAGAAAAGCAACUGGUGCCAGUCCCAAAUAGAAAUUGGACCAAGCCCUCCUUCCCUAACCAAGAAAUGAUGCCUCAAGUUAUUCGAGAUGGUGUUUCGGAGCAUGCCAUCAAACCCACCGUUGCUACUUUUGAGGAGAAAUCAGCUGCUGGUCACGGAUUCACAUUUGAGAAUGACGACUCAAACCAAAAGUACAACUGGGAUGUCGACUGGAGUGCAAGUCCUUCUCUGGGCAAACGCGAGACACGUGCUGUGGCCUCGGAACUGAAGCAUAGAGGCAUCAAGACCGAGAGACAAUACAGCAAUUUUUGGUACAACCUCACGAUGAAGCUGUCAUCGAUCGCGGGCUCCCCGGUCCCGCUCUUUACCGCAAAGAAGAAGGCACUGGAGACUUUUGUGGAGGAGGCGAUGCGCAAUGCUGAUGACAGACGAAAGCGAAAGGCCCGGAAGAAUGCUGCGAAGAAUAAGGCGCGUAAACGCGAGAAGAAAAAGCACAAGACAAAGGAUCGUCGACAAGGUGUUGAAGCAUUUUUAGAUGCCAGCGAUACGGAUAAGGAAAAGUGUCAGAAGAAGUCGAAGAAGCUUCCUCAAGGUGUGGAUGCAUUCCUGAUCCCUGGCGAUACCGACGAGGAAGACAAGUCAUCAUCCGAGGAAUCCGGUUCCGAUUACGAUGGAGAAGAUUUGAUGGCCAAAGUGCGAGCGGAUAUUGACAGGCAGCGAAGGUUAUCCGGAGGUGGAACAAGCUGUGGGUAUCGAAAGGGGGAUCUUUAA